AUGCAUCACCACGACAGAAAUCAUGCAGACACCACAAUUUCAAGGCUCGGUCAUGCAAUCGCGCAUCCAUUACGGAGCGAUCCCUCCAUAUGGUGCGACUUCAGGUCGCCCGAGCAGAGCGCCCUCGUAGUGAGCGAGAAGGGCCGCCGCUCAGCAAAUCCCAGUGGUCUGGCCACACCUUCCCAACACCACCAGCUCGCACAGCCGCGGAAGCGCGUCGAACCCGUUGAACGCGUGCUCCGCAAGCGCGACCCGUACGAUCUUCCAACCUGGGGCUCGUUUGAGAGCGUGCUCCGCGCUUCCUGGGCCCGCCUGAGGAGGCCCAGGACAUUGCACCGUGGUCUUGGGCGCCCUCCUCAGACCGCAAACCCAUCCGUCGGCACUGGAGUAUGA